CUGUCUCCGCCCCGGAAGGCGGCCCCCGCGCCAAUCGCCGGGGCUGUUGCUGGGCGGUGCGGGUGACAUUGGGCACGGCCAUGGUGGUGGCGGCGCUGGGCCGAGCGGCGGGACGGCUGCUGCGGGCCGGGGCCGCCGUGCCCGGGCGGCGGCGCGCGGGCGGCGGGGUGCACAUCCCGCCGCGGUACCGGCAGUUCCCGGAGCUGACGCGGACGCAGGUGAUUCAAGGCGAAAUGCUCAGCGGCUUCAUGUGGUUCUGGAUCCUCUGGCAGUUCUGGCAUAACUCGGACAUGGUGCUGGGACACUUCCCGUAUCCCGACGCUUCGGCCUGGACUGACGAGGAGCUCGGCAUCCCUCCGGACGAUGAGGAAUAGCAGCACACCGGUUUCUGGAACUAACUGAGGCCCCUGGAACCAAAUCUUUGUCUCCUCGGUCCUUUUGUGAAUAAAACUGUAAACAAAG